AGUAGAGUGUGACUUGAGGCUGAGAAAAGACGCGGGAAUAUGGCGGAGAUUUGGUUAGGUCCCUCUACUACUCACACACUGCUCCUUCCCAAAUUCCCUUCCAAUUCCAUGGCUGCUCCUCUUCAUCUUCCUUUCUCAAACCCUACCCAUUGUCGCUCCUCUUCCUCUUCCAAUUCCAACCCUGGGCCCUCUCAGCCCUCUUUGCUCGUAUUCUCAGGUGGCACUGCCUUCAAUGGCGUCGUCGAAGACCUCAAGACUUUCACCACUCGUGUCGCUCACGUUCUCCCUGUUUCCGAUGAUGGAGGAAGCACGGCCGAGAUUGUUCGCGUCCUUGGUGGCCCUGCGGUUGGAGAUAUCCGGUCAAGAUGUUUGAGGCUGUCUGAUGGGAGUACUUCCGAGGCACUUGCCGUCCGGAGACUCCUUGGUCAUCGUUUAACGCUCGAUCCGCGCGAAGCCAAAUCCGAAUGGUACAAUAUUGUCGAAGGCGAACACUCUUUGUGGAGAGGUGUAUCAAAACCUUACAGGGAAACAAUACGUGCAUUUCUGGUUUAUUUUCAGAACCAGAUUCUUCGACGAGCAGAUGAUUCAUUUUGUUUUAGCAAUGGCAGCAUUGGCAAUUUCUUUUUUGCAGGAGCACGGAUAUUUUUUCAAUCUUUAGAUGCUGCAAUAUUUUUGUUCUCACGUGUUUCAGAUAUCCCUUCUGAAAGUUUGGUCCUCCCAGUGAUUUCAAGCAAUGACAGGCUGACAUUAGGAUGUGAAUUAUUGGAUGGGACUAUCAUACGGGGUCAGAAUGCAAUUUCUCAUCCAACCAAUGGAUCUACGGAACCUAUUAACAAGGUGGGGUCCUUAGUUCCAAAACUUUCUUCAAGAAUAAAGAGGGUGUUUUACAUGUCAAGUGAGGGCCAAAAUUUACUGCACGAGGUCUUCCCUGCAGCAAACCAGGUUGUCCUCGAGCAGUUGAGGAGUGUGGAUUGCAUUGUUUAUGCUAUGGGAUCUCUUUUUACAUCCAUCUGUCCAUCACUGGUAUUAAUUGGCAUUGGGGAGAUAAUAUCUUCAAGGUCCUGUCCCAAGGUACUUCUACUGAAUGGCACUCAUGAUCGAGAGACAAGUGGUUUUUCAGCAUCUUGCUUUGUAACUGCUAUCACAGAUGCACUAAAUCGAACACAUGGAGAUCGUCAAAAUUGUCUAAAAAACCUUCCAGGACAAUACAUCAAUACUCUGUUGGUUCCCAAGGGUGGCGAAAUUCCUGUAAAUAUUCAGACCUUGGCUGCUCAAGGAAUCGUUGAUGUGAUCUAUGUCAAUUCCGUAUGCGACCCAAAAAUUGGUGUUCUGUUUGAUUCAAAGUCACUCAUAGAGGCGCUCGCAGAAGUGAUAGGAAAAUUCAUGAGCACAGUGACUUAAAUAUCAAUGUGACUAAUGGCAAGCAUGGCGAUUACAAGUGACUAAGUCUUUGGUUCGUGAAUCCUCAGGUAAAAUGCUUAACUCACGCGACUCUUAUAUCGAAGAUAUGGGAUAAUCCUGUGAUACCAAUGGGAAUUAGGGCCUCAGUGUUUUGGGAACCAUUAUCAGAAGAAAAGAGGAUGUUGGCAAAUUGAAACUUGAAGCAGAGUGUUUGGGGAUUUCAAUUACGUUUUCAAUAUUUCUUUCUUAUGAUGUUAUUGCUAGUUAUAUUUCCCAUUGGGUUAAUGUUGAUUUAAUUUAAUGAAAUUCCUUUUCAAAAAUAAAAAAAAAAUUGUGUACAAAUUAAGCAGGUGAGGGGUUAUUUCUUGGUUUCGAUUGCA